AUGACUUCCAUCCUGGGGAAGCGCAAGGCGCCCUCCUCCUCCGCCGCCGCCCAAACCGCCAAGCCCCCCUCGACAAGCUUCGGAAAGAAGAGCGCUGGAGCGGUAAAGACUGCGACGGCGACACCGUCUCUCAAGAAGAGGAAGAAGAGCCUCGAGACCGUGAGGAAACCUGCCAGUGCGACCAAGAAGACCACGGCGAAGUCGGACAAGGCCGGCGAGAAACAAGAGGAGGAAGAAGAAGUGGACGAGUCGCUGCUCUCCGCGCAAGAGAUCUUCCGACGACACUUCGAGGCGCAAUUCAAGCCCAUCAGGGAGCCGGGGCAGAAGAAGGGGAAGAAGAAAGCCAAGGCGAAGGCCGCAGCCGUCGAGGUUCCGGGCGGCGACGGCGACGGCGACGGCGGCUCCGAUUCGGACGGGGACGUCGAGGUCGGGGAGGGCAGUGACGAGGACGUCUUCGAGGACGAGGGCGCCGACGGGCAGGAGGGGGAAGGGGAGGAGUGGAGUGGACUCUCUGGCGAGGAUGGUGAGUCCGACGACGAAGCCUUUUGCCUGUGCUGCUGCUGCUGCUGCGUUUCUUUUGUUGUUGAGAUCGUGGCGCCAGAAGACGACUCGGGAGAUGACGACGAUGAGGAAGACGACGGAUACGAGGACGAGGACGGCGAGAACCCCGUGAUCGAGGUCGUCGACCACACAAACUCCAAACCCCAACCCGUCGCAAGCAUGAGCAAGCGAGAGCUGAAAGCAUUCAUGUCCUCCAAACCACCAUCCCAAACCGAUCCGAACCCCUCCGCGGCGCCCGCCGCCCCCGCCGACCCGGACGACGAGAACGACAAGUCCAUGCUCGCCAACGACCUCGCCCUGCAGCGCCUCCUCUCCGAGUCCCACCUGCUCUCGCGCCACACAAUCACCCCCUUCUCCAACCCGACCGCCGCCUCCAAGACCUUCUCCGAGGGCAAGCUCCGCCAGCGUCAGACGGACCUGCGCACGCAGGCCCUCGCGCGCGGCGUCUCGGGCGUCUCCUCCCUCUUCACCCAGGAGAAGAUGCCCAUGGCCUUCCGCAAGGGCAUGGUCGCCGUCGCCGCCAACAAGGAGGCCAAGCGCCGCCAGCAGGCCCGGGAGAACGGCAUCGUGCUCGAGAGGGAGGCCCCUGCCUCCCGGGGAAAGAAGGCCAAGAAGGCCGGGCGCCGCGGCGAGAGGGGCGUCGACGGGCCCGAGGUCGGUCGCAUGCGCGGCGCCGAGCUGCGGCUAAGCGAGCGGGACGUCCAGAACAUCGAGGGCAGCGGUGGCGGCAGAGGCGGCAGAGGCGGGAGGGGUGGACGCGGUGGCGGCAGGGGACGUGGAAGGAGGUAG